UAGUUAACGUUAGGUGUGUUUCAACUUUAACGAGAACGUUAAGCUAGCUAGCCGGCUAUGUCGCUAUCUUCGUGUGCGCAUGUGCGUAGCGCCGUCGGUCGUAACUGUUUAUCUUGACCGGAAGUUGACGCGUGUAUCUUUGUAAAGCAGGUUUAAAGUUUCAGGAGACUUCUGGCGGGGGGACAGGGACGUCAAACACGGCCAAACUUCCUGGAGACGAGGACGACCUUUUUUAAAUGUGUGUGUGUGUGAAGAUGAGGCUGAACGGGGGGCUCGUGUGCGCGCUCGUGUGCGCGCUCGUGCUUCUUUGCGCUGAGGGGUCCAUGGGUGACACGCCGGCCAACUGUACCUACGAGGACCUGCAGGGGACGUGGGUGUUCCAGGUGUCCAAAGUUGGACACGACAAGACCGUCAACUGCUCGGCUGAAGCGAACGGUGAGAGCACGGUGACCGUGACUCUGGAGAAGCUGUCGGUGGCCACGGACGAGCUGGGCAACGUCGGCUUCUUCACCCUCAUCUACAACCAGGGCUUCGAGGUGGUCAUCAACGGGUACAAGUGGUUCGCCUUCUUCAAGUACACGGAGGACCGCCUCCAGGUGACCAGCCUGUGUGACCAGACGUCCCCCGGCUGGGUCCACGACGUCCUGGGACACAACUGGGCCUGUUUCCUGGGGAAGAAGCUGAAAGCUGUGGCGCCAAGAACCGACUACAAGCCGCCCUUCAGCAGCCGGCCGCUCGACCAGCCGUACAAACACAACAUGGACUUCAUCAACGCCAUCAACGCCGCUCAGAGCUCCUGGAGAGCCGCCAGGUACGAGGAGCACGAGGGGCUCAGCCUGGAGGAGCUGCAGCGGAGGGCAGGAGGCCCCGCCUCCCGCAUCCCCCGGCGUGUUCAUCCUCUUCCUGUGAAAGCUGAUGUUGCCAAGAUGGCGGCGGCGCUCCCCGAGCACUGGGACUGGAGGAACGUUGACGGCGUGAACUUCAUCAGCCCCGUGAGGAACCAAGCGUCGUGUGGAAGCUGCUACUCCUUCGCCACGAUGGGGAUGCUGGAAGCGCGAGUUCGAAUCCUCAGCAACAACAGCAGGACCCCCGUCUUCAGCCCCCAGCAGGUGGUCUCCUGUUCACAGUACUCUCAAGGCUGCGAUGGCGGCUUCCCCUUCCUGAUCGGGAAGUACGUGCAGGACUUCGGCGUGGUGGAGGAGGCGUGUUUCCCGUACACGGGGCAGGGCUCCCCGUGUGGCGUCCCUCAGGACUGCGGCCGCACGUACACGGCGGCGUACGGCUACGUGGGCGGGUUCUACGGCGGCUGCAGCGAGGCGGCCAUGAUGCUGGAGCUGGUGACCAACGGACCAAUGGGAGUGUCCUUUGAGGUGUACCCUGACUUCAUGACCUACCGUGGGGGUAUCUACCACCACUCGGGCGUGGCGGACCCCUUCAGCCCCUUCGAGCUGACGAACCACGCCGUGUUGCUCGUGGGCUUCGGUCGCUGCCGCCGGUCGGGUCAGAAGUUCUGGACCGUGAAGAACAGCUGGGGGGCGGCGUGGGGGGAGGGGGGCUACUUCCGGAUCCGCAGGGGGGGGGACGAGUGCGCCAUCGAGAGCAUCGCCGUGGCGGCCACGCCCAUCCCCCAGCUGUAGAGGAUGUAGCACGUAGCACGUAGCAUGUAGCAGGUCGGCCCACACUGUUGCGCAACAAUGUUGCUUUUAUAUUUUAACUAUUGAUCAUUUCAUGUCUGUUUGAAUUCAAGCUGAGACUCAAGUUUCCUCCUCUUUCUCUUCUCCUCUUUCUCCCCUUCUCUUCUCCUCCUCCUCCUCUUCUCUCCUUCCCCUCUCUUCUCCUCCCCUUCUCCCCCCCCUCCUCUCGGGAGGAAGCACGUCGGCCCACGUUGUUGCUUUACUUUUUAACAAAGUGUUUUUUCUAUAUUUUAACUCUUGAUGACUUCCUGUUUGUUCGUUUAUUUGUUUCCUUUAACAUCCUGUGAACUCGGAUGUUAAAGGAGCUGCAGCCAGAGCUGGUGGUGUGAUGUUUGUGUCGUUGUUGUUGUGUGUGUGUGUGUUGUUGUUUGUGAUGUUUGUUGUUGAUGGUCUUGAGUUCUCCGUCUCAGGGAAGCGGCGCUGCAGCGUUGUGAAGUUUCAACUUGAAACCGACACUUUGAAUGAGCUGCAGAGAUCAAUAAAGGGAUGACAUCA